UUUAUUCUGUCAUGCAUGUGAUAAACAUGAAUUGUUUCUUAGAACAAGUCUAUAAAUAAAGGUUUCAAUGGUACAACAAUUGCACCACAAAUACACACAAACACAAACACAAACAAAAAAAUUGCCAUGAAUCUUACAUUAGUUACCACCCUUUGUUUCCUCCUCUUUUCCUUCACCACCUACUUUCCAUUACCCUUUGUUUCCUCUUCUUUUCCUUCAUCACCUACAGAUGCUGAUCUUAUCGUCAAGGAUAUACAUGGGAACCCCGUUGUUCCUAGUGGCAGAUACUUUAUUUGGCCUGAAUUCUUAGUAAGUGGCGGUGGAUUCAGGCUUGGUGAAACUGAAAAUUCAACAUGUCCAUUUACUGUACUUCAAGAUUAUUCUAACCUUGGUCAUGGCCUACCAGUAAAAUUGACCCCACAAAAUCAACCAAGUAGUGAUGAUCCUAUCACUAGAGGCUUGCAUUUGGACAUUGCAUUCGAUUACAAGCCAGAUUGUGCAGAAUCCUCCAAGUGGUUGAUGGUUGAAGCAGAAAAUGAGUUCCCUACACCAUGGCUGGCUAUUGAUGGUACUGGAAAGAAUGUUCAUGAUGGUUGGUUUGAACUUACUAGAUACAAGAGAUCGGGAUACCUUAUCUUUUUCUGUUACAAAAAUGAUGGUUGUAUUUAUUUGAGUAGGAAGAAUGACAAAAAUGGAAUGCGUUUGGUCUAUGAAACUGAUGGUGAUGGUGAUGCCUUAGGAGCGGUAUUCGUUAAGGAUGAUGAUGCUGCUAGAGCUCGAAUAUCAUCAGUAGUUUGAAUAAAAUUGAAAGUUAGAAGGACCACGCAUUCACGCUACCUAUGAUCUGAAUGCAUGAAUGUGUGUUUUCUUUUGCCCGUUUCUAUGUCUUUUCUUCUGUUCUUGCUUGAAAUGUUCUGUAUUUUUCUUUGUUGUUUCUUGUUCUCUUCAUCCAUGUAAUGAGUUUAAGUACUCUUUGUAAUCGUAUCUCUAUUUCAAUAAAGGGUUAACAGUGUUUUACUAAUGUAA